UGCGCCCUGUCAGGCUGGGAACCGGCAGCCCAGAGCGGGGAGGGGCGGGGGCAGGUGCAGGAGGAGGCGCAGGUUCGGACAAGGGCCUGGGCGCCCCUUUCCUUUGAAGGAGAAGCCGGGAGGGACCUUCUCCGUCGCUUCAUGAAAACUAAGCUGAGUCAGCCUCCGUCCGCGGCUACCGAACGGCCGCCCUGGCCUCCCGCCCGGGAUCCCAGCUCGGAAGCUGAUUGGCGGCCGGAGGCCUCCUCCUGCCCUUAAAGGAGCCGCGCUCCCAACCGCGUGGGCGGCUCUCCUCUUCCCAGGGAUGGCGCCCACCGUCCUCCUCCUGCAGCUGGCCGUCCGCGUCCUGGCGCUCCCCCUGUACCUGCUGGACUUCCUGGGCGUGUGGAGCUGGAUCUGCAAAAGAUGCUUCCCCUUCUUCCUGGCGAGGUUCUCCUCGGUGUACAACAGGCAGAUGGCGAGCACGAAGCGCGGGCUCUUCGGCAGCCUGCAGGAGCACGCGGGCCCCUCGGGGGCGCUCUGCCUGCUGGAGCUGGGCUGUGGCACCGGCGCCAACUUCCAGUUCUACCCGCCCGGCUGCAGGGUGACCUGCGUGGACCCCAACCCCAACUUCGAGAAGUUCCUGAUCCAGAGCAUCGCCGAGAACCGGCACGUGCAGUUUGAGCGCUUCGUGGUGGCGGCCGGCGAGGACAUGCGCCCGGUGGCCGACGGCUCCGUGGACGCGGUGGUCUGCACGCUGGUCCUGUGCUCCGUGCAGAACCAGGAGCGCAUCCUGCAGGAGGUGCGCAGGGUGCUGAGGCCGGGAGGGGCUUUUUAUUUCCUGGAGCAUGUAGCAGCUGAGCGUUCGACCUGGAGUCACUUCUGGCAGCAGGUCCUGGAGCCGGUCUGGUACCUCGUGUUUGAUGGGUGCAGCCUGACCAGAGAGAGCUGGAAGACGGUGGAGCGGGCCGGCUUCUCCAAGCUGCAGCUGCAGCGCCUGCAGGCCCCGCUGUCCUGGCCGCUGGUGCGCCCGCACAUCUGCGGCUACGCCGUGAAAUAGGCCAGCGGGGAGCAGAGCAGAUGGCUUGAGUCACCUAAGGCUCCCGUUUUACACUUAAAUGCUAAUUGGGAAAAGAGAAACCCUUUUCAGGUAAAGCUGAAUGUCAUGCUAAAAAGUUUACUUUACACCCUGCUUAGCCAUUUUCCAUCAUCUCCCUAGCAUCUGUCCAUGUUAGGUCGCAUCGCUGUUUUCUAGUUUUAUUCCGGCUGCGCUUGGAUUCGAGUUUUCUUCUACGUACGCUGUUUUCUUUUAUAACACCAUCAUUUGUAAAUAUGUAUGCCUGGCAUAUAAUACGUGCUCAAGAGAUAUCUGUUGAAUAAAUUAGCUAAAGAAAACAAUACAAAUACAAAAGAGCUUUGGACGCCCCUUUAAAAGGAAACAGUGAGCCCAGCCAGCAGCGACUCGGUGAUUGGGUGUUGGCCUGUGAACCGGAGGUCACGGUUAGAUUCUGGAAGGGCUCAUGCCCAGGUUGUGGGCUCAGUCCCCAGGGGGGGCAUACAGGAGGCAUGAUGCUCUCUCAUCAUGGAUGUUUCUGCCUCUCCCUCCCUCUCCCUUCUUCUCUAAAGUAAAUAUAUAUAUAUAUAUAUAUAUAUAUAUAUAUAUAUAUAUAUAUAUAUUUUAAAAAAUAGAAGUAAACAAUGAGCUUUUAUAAUUGAAGUCUACCAUUAUCCGAAAGCCUUAGUUUAUUCAGUAACUUCAGCUGUCUUAGUUGUUACCAAUAGAUUUGAAUUUCACCCCCUCUUUGAUUUGAGAGCUCGGUGAAAUAAGUAAUUAAAUCACUCAAAAGAAAACUUUGAGAAAGGAGAAAUGAAAAAACCUUAAUGAUUCGCAAACUGAAUAAAGGAAGACUAGUUGAAAAUGAUACUUGACACUUUAGUAUUUUCAUGAAACUGUUUAAGGCAGUUAAGGUUCUUGGGUUCAUUUUCCUUAUUAUCUAGCACAGUGGUCAGCAAACUGCGGCUCUCGAGCCACAUGCAGCUCGCAAGCCACAGUUUGCCGUUCUCUUGACUAAUGAAUUUGCCGACCACUGACCUAGACUCUCGAUUCCAAUAAUUCCAGGCUGUGACUGUUCCUUGUGAUUAAGCCCCUAUCCCAGUGGUCGGCAAACUCGUUAGUCAACAGAGCGGCACAUCGCGGCUCGUGAGCCAUCAGGAAGCCCUCGUACGGUUAGGCGCACUUUGUAAGAGCCCCCAGACCAGACCGUUUGUGAGCGUGGAGAGGAGUGGGCGAGUAUUUGUUGGAUUAUGAUGAUCAAAUUUCCACCCCCUUCCAAGGUGAUUUCUUUGUUCCUUGCAACCACGAAAACCUCUGAAAAUCAUUAAGUGUGUUCAAAAUAAGUGUUGGGCUGAUCAGUCAGAGGGUUUCAGAGUAGCAUUUUCGGAAACAGUUUGCAUGUAUUUUAAUAAAUUUAGUAUAUUUUCUGAGAUGAUUUUGCAAAAAGGCCUAUUUUAAAUAACAGAUCAAUAAAUUCAUAUGCAUUUUAGGGAUGGGAAUAAAAUAAAUAGUUUAUAUGUU